AUGUCCUUUGCUGCAUCGCUAUAUCGUCAAUUUGAUUUACCCUUGGAAAACGUAGCCGAUAAUAUACAAAAGCAAGAAGUACAAGAGCAGCCUUCAACAUCACAACAGCGAACAGAUCGAGAGCAACAUUCACCAACACCAAAACCUGACGAAUUUGCAACACAGCUGCUGCCACACAUCCCCUUCCCACCUCCAGUGAAAUCAUUCCAUACCAGCUGUAGCGGUCAUACACUUUUCCCACAACCAAUUCCACACUCCACCAAGUCAGCACGUCCCAGUGCAGCCAACCAGCAUUCCAGCAAGCGCGAACCGCCACAAGCAAAACAGGCCGGCCCUAAUACGCUCAGCUACAAUCUCGUGCAACAGAUUAUCCAAACCGUAGGUGAACUUGAAAAUACGCUACUUGACGAUCAACAAAACGAUUUCAAUCUGCGUAUGGCCUACGAGCGUCAAUCGGAGAAGCUGAAGAGUCUGUGUCAAUCGUUGGAUAAUGAAAAGGAGCGCAAUGUGCGGCUGAUGGAAUUGAUACGUGGCGUUGAUCUCUCAACUACGACCGACGAUGAGACACUGGACGAGAAUGCGCUUUCACGUUGUGCUGCAACAGAACGUUGGUCGCGCUCAUCGAAAGUCUAUGAAUCGAUAAGUCCGUUGUUGAUGCAGCAGAGAUAUGAUGAGCUCUGUACUUCAUAUAAACAGUGCCGGCGACAACUUGUGAAAAAGGAAAAACUUCUCAAAGUAAGUCGCUGUGAAACCGAAACAGCAAAAGCUCGCUACGACAAUCUGCUCGACGAAUAUUGCAUUGCCCAGAAACGAUUUGAGGAGCUGUGUUUCAUGUAUUUGCAAUUGCAGGCGAGAAAGAAUUUGGAGAUGCAACGCCUACGCAACGCGCUAAACACUGCCAGCGAUUGUAUUGUGAAUGCGCAGCAACUAAUCGACUGUUUGGACGAGGAGACGAUAACUUUGUAUAUGAAUCAAAAUAUCAACGACUUAUGUGACGGGAGUGACAAUAGCAACAAAACUAACGAGACCGAUUGUAUUACAGCAUUUAAGCAAAAUUUGGAGUUAUUUGUGAAAUCUUUGCGUCUCUGCCAGUGGAUACAACAAAACACGCGUAGAAUUGCCUUACAUAAGAAAAAUGCGCAACAGUGAAUUCCUUAUGAAAGUUCAUGGCUUAUUGGCAAUUAGAUGCAUCGUUACAUUUUUUUUUUUUGUGCGCUUUUAAUGUGUGUGUAUAAAUGCAUAAAUAUUCAUACAGGAAGUAACUGCGAAUAAGAUUUUGUGGAGCGAGAAAAAAACAAAUUAGUUUACAUGUAUGUGUCCACAUAUACAUAAACAAUACAAUGCAAUAUUUUUAUUGUACGCUUGAUUAUGUGAACGAAGAGUUUUUGAUGUAACAAAU